CUGCAGAGAGAGAGAGAGAGAGAGAGAGAGAGAGAGAGACGACUUGAUACGACAAUGGAAGCAGCCUCGAGCACCCGGUAGAAGACGAAGAGAAGGCGAGGAGAACGCACGAGGGAGGCUUGUAAUAUCGAGGGAUUUAAGAUUCGGCUCGCGCGCGCCACCGCGGACUUCUGUUCUAAAAUGGAGCAGUGAGAUUUGGGGGAAACGAGGUUCUGUCUCCAUCACUGAGAGGCGCGUCCACCUGCUACGAGCCGAGGCCCGGAAAAAAAGAGAAGAAAACAUGGAGAAGUGGUUGUGCUGAAGGGGGAAAACGUUUAUCCGACCGGCCCGAGCUUUGAUUUUUGCCAAGCGAAGCGACAUCUCAGUCAGAGGUGGGACAGUGGAGAUGAUGCACAAGCGGAGUGACGCCCUAUCUCAUUGAUGGAUGUCCUAAAGGAGACCGGUCUCCUCGUGCCAGCUUUGAAUUCAGUGCAGACUAAUGCAUUGGACCAAACUGGAUCAUGUGAGCUGAGAGGUAAUCUAAAGCUGUAUGCUGCUGCAGAUAACACCUUUCCCCUAUCCUCCUCAGUUGCUGUAUUGAGUGCCCAGAGAGGUGGUUCAGAUGGCCACAGAGUAGCACUGGCCUUAAGAGAGUACUGCCUCACAAGCCCGCCCUCGCCACAGACUCAAACUGAGGCUCCUGACCAGUCCACUGAUGAAUCCAGCAGCUGUGCCAUAUCCCUCACAGCUUGCGUUACCAAGGAUGUAAAUCCCUGGUCCCUGUCAGAGGAAAGUAAUAAACCACCCCUUACCAUUAUGGAGCCAAUGGGCAUAUCUGGGAUGACAGAGGACUGCCUAAUCCAGCAAAGCCGCCCUUGCCUGGGCUGUAUCAUUGAGACCAAGGAUGUACUGGAUAAUGAGCCCAUUAUCAACCUGAAAAUGACGGACAUGAACCGCGAGUAUGAUGCUUGCUCCAUCGCCAACAUGCAGUGUAUGGGCCUCAGUGAAACAGGCAGUUGCUCAGAGCAGCUUCUGGAUGACCAGCUUUUGAGCUUUCCCAUGCCCAAAUCCCAGUUGGGUGAGAAAAAGAAUUUAGAUAAAACAGAAAAUGACCCAGACCAGACAUCCAGAAAUAUGUAUGAAGGACUUCUGCUGGACAAAUGCAAUGGAGAGGAUGGUCUGCUCCCCACUUCAAAUCAGGACUGGGGUUACAUUGAGUCUUUUAUCAGUGAGAGCAAAAUGGAAUUACUGGACCUAUGUUCAAGAAACGAGCUCUCAGUAAAUCUUUUCUCAGAGGAGGAUGUGGAUAACUAUAUGUUUGACGACGAUGAUGAUUCUGCCUUGAGCAGUGACAUGUGCUCAUUGAAAAUCCGCUAUGAGUCUUUCCAGGACAACAUGAGGGAAAAGACAAAUGUCCUGCAGGAGGAAACACAGUUUAACUUCUUUCCCAGUGUUCUGGUAAACUCUACAAAAAGUGCUGAUAGUGUGGUAAAGAAGAGUGCAGACGACUUCUUACCUAAACCUGAAGACCUUGCACUAGAGAAUGAACAUAAAGAAAAUGACAGUGAAAGCUCCUUAGAGAGGGCAUCUGAUUACAGUCCAAAAAUGAACUACUUUAUUGAUUCUAGCAACUCAACUGAAGACUCAGAAGACUAUAGCGAUGACAGCUCUAGCACUGGGUCCUCCAUUGACACUUUUCUUGAGAGCAAAGAGAGAAAUAUAUAUUCACAAAAGAAUGUUUGCUCUUCCAAUCCACUAAACUACGGAUUAAGAGCAAAAAGAAAAGUCAGGUACAGUGAUGACUACCUUUAUGAUGUUGAUUCCAUUGAAAGUGAAAAAAACAAUGAAAAGCGUGAACAGACGCCUUCUGGUCCAAGACAGGAAGAGGAUGAUGACUGGUGCCCUAAAAAGAGAAGAAAAUCUUCUCGCAAAGAGCCACCUGUGAUAAUUAAAUACAUAAUUGUCAACAGGUUCAAAGGGGAAAAAUGCAUGUGUGUAAAGCUCGGCAAAACUGAUCCAACAGUCACGACUAUAAGUUUAAAUGAGAACGCAAUUAAUAAAUAUGAAAAACUGGCUCCUCUGAAGGAUUUUUGGCAGAAGAAACAGAGGGAGCAUGAAGAACAGCCAUUUAGUUCUAGACCUCCUAAAAGGAAACACAAACUAGCAAACAGACUUAGGUUUCAGAGAAUUCGAGCUGUGCUGCAAUCACCCCACAAGCACUCUGAUGUGAGGCAGGAAUCUGGGUCUAAAGAAGAGACAGCUUCCACAGCAAGGCCAUUAACAAUAUCAAACCCCACUUGUUCAAAUACAUUGGACCAAAACAACAUCAUACCCACUGUUACCCCAAAGAGCAGAUCACAAGAGAGGGAGGAGAGGAGAAUAGGGAAUAAAAUGGUCAGAAUCCGGAAAUUCAAAAGUGAAGCAAGACUCAGAAGUGAGAAACUGAAAAAAAUUGAAGAGAACAAUAAAAGCAAGACAAACAACACUGAAACAUGUGCUGUGACAGAAAAUAAGGACACUCUAGGAGGUGGGAACCAAACAGAGAUCAACUCAUCUGCACACAGUCCUCAGAGCCAUACAGCUGAGACCACUGAAAAAGUAGUUUUCAUGUCUAACACCUGCUCAUAUAACAAAGCUACGUCAUCUGAUGAUGUGGCUACAGGAAUGUCUGUUAUUCCUGGAGGCUAUCUGCAGACAUUGUUGGAAGCCUCUGACUCCUUGGGUGGCUCUGGUGGCUCUUUUUUCUCUCAGCAGAACAACAAUACCAGGCAACAAUCUCUGGGUAUCUCAUUGGAAGAGCAGCAGUUUGCUUCUCUUCAGCUUGCCCAAAGCUGUGUACUCUCCCCACCUUCUGAAUCAGAACUCCAACAGUCUCCUCAGAACUGCCCCAGUCUCACCCAAAUGUGGCACACCCAGCUUGAUCCAAAUCAGCAUUUCACUACGGAUAUCCCUGAGGCAGCGGUUUUGACAGAGGCUCCCAACAACUUCCCUACUACGAUGCCAAUCUCAGAGAACCUGGCAGUUCCAGGGUACAGUCAGUUGGGGAUGGAUACCAACAGAAUGCUGUAUGAAAAAAAUUACAUGCCUGAGCAAACACUACCACCUGAAUCAGAUUUCCAAGUAUGUCAAGUUCCCAGUGUGGAAGGCCAGCUACAGUUUCAAAGAGGGACACUGCACAGUGACAAUGGAAGGCUCAUAAGUUUUGACUCAGUUGGCUCAUUGUCAGCUACUUCCAGCAAUUACAGCUCUAUAAGUCUCAAAUCUUGUGAGAAAGAUGGCGAGAAUGAUGUGAACGAGAACUUUCUGGCCCACUGCAGUCCCAAACUGGUGAUUCAGCAGAGCAUUGAUGCAAUCACACCACUGAGGGAGUCAACAGACUUGCUGGAUAUCUCCAAUUUCACUCCAGAUAAAUUCAGACAUGCAUCACUGUCAGAGCUCUCACCUCCUGAGACACCCAACUUGUCCCCGCAGGUCACAUGGCGGGAGUUGAAGAUAUUGGGGAAUCCUAAGGUUCUACAGAAUGGGUCUGAGCUGACAUUGGAGGGUGCUCAAGAGGUAAAAUGGAAUUGCAGUAUGAUAGAACACCAAGAGCACAUGGGUGGAUUUGCAGUAGAUAGCCACCAGUAUCAGGUCAACAGUUCUAAUAAUGACAACCAUAUAAGCUUGGAAAAAAAGUCAGUAAAUGACUUUGAUGAGCAAGGUGCUGACCUGAUCAGCGGGAAAAAAGGCUCAAAGAGGAAAAGCAGCAACAAGCAAACUUCAGGACAAAGUGCUAAAAAAAGCAAAGCAUCCAAACCAAAAGCUGCAAAGAGCGAGAAGGUCAAGACCCCACGACAGAAUUCAAGAGCCUCCAAAAAGCUUAAAGCCUUAUUGGAUGAAAAAGCUAAAGGACAGCUCGGGGACUCAAAGUGUAUGACACACCAGCUGACAGAAAGCAGCUCUGAGGACUGGACAGGAAUUGGUUUGUCAGAGACCAACAGUUACACAGAUGACCAGCGAGAGUUUGAAGAGCCAUCCAACAUCCUUUCUAACAUAGUAUCAGGGAUGGCCGAAGUGCAGCGUUUCAUGAUGACCUCUAUUGAGCCAAUAUGGGGCCCUGCAACAGACAUCUGCUUACCCUCAGAGGCAAAUAGUCUAAAGUUAAAGACUCUCAAAAUCCUGGCAGGUACCUCAUCUGAGCCCAAGAAAAAAGGUACUGUGUCUGCUGAAGGUACAAAAGGCAAGAAAGGAGGGGGAAAAUGUGGCAAAAAUCAAGCCAAGUUCAAUGCCUCUCAUCCCCUUUUCCCCCAAUUGGCUCUGGGCUGUAACAUCUUUGAUAAGUCUAACCUUGGGGUACCAGGCAUAAAUGGACCUGCACACAAAAAAAUGUACCGCCACAAAACCAGCGCAAAAUUCCCUCGCAUCGAAAACCUAAAAGGCAAGCGAGCUGACCCAAAUAAGGACAUAGCAUUGAUGACCUCAUUUGAAAAACUGAGGUAAUAUUUUGUAACUAGCUGCUGAUGCACGUUCCUCACUUUCCCCCACUUCCUGCUCAGCCCUUAAUCCCUGGCAUACACGCACAGACUCAAAGCCAGAGAUGCAUGGAAAUUAUCCUUGACCCAACCUCCUUAUUUUGGCCCUCUGAAGAAGAUAUAGAUAUCUUGCAUGAGAAACUACAUGUACUUACAAACUACCUAUUGAGUGAUUGUGCAAGGCUUGACUGAGAUUUUAACCUACCAUGGCUGCAUUUUCUUCAUGCUUUUGCAAUUUUUCCUUGUAGUUGUUUUGGUUCUUUUUGUCUGAAGAUACAAAAAAAAAACCCUUCAUAAAUGCAAUGUGUCUUCUUGGGAGCCAUUUUGAAAAGUUAAAUUUGCUACCCUAAACGUGUUAUUAUACUUCUUUGUUUGAAACGUAGCUAUUUGGAUAAAAAUGCUGUUGUGUACAGUAGAGUAAGCUCCCCAAUUAGGUUUUGUAUGCAAAUCAGGAUAACCUCGUCUUGCGUUCUCCCCCAUACUGCCUGACUUUUUCAAUUCAAAAUGCUCAUCCUGCUCUCUUGGAUAAGCAACAUCCUUUGUAGGCCCUAAAACAUCAAUAGCACAUAUUGGGACCAUUUUGUAUCAAAGACAUAUCAGAUUUACAUUUUGUCCUAUUUUUUUGUACUGAUGGCAUGGAAUUAUAAUUUUCAUUUUUAUGCUUUUACUAUGCUUUUACAGGAGUAUUACUGGAACUUAUCUUAGAGGGACAUUUUUAAGCCAUGGAAACUCACUUUUUCGGUGUCCCUGUACAGAAAUGCACUAUUUAAUGACAACACAAAUUCUAAAGAUCAAUGUGCCAAAUGUAAACUCUGUGCAAAUUUAUUUAAUAUAAAUACUGGCUGUUGAAUUUACUACUCAUAAGAAUUUUGGUCGUACCCUUUCAAGACUGUGAGAGUUAACAUUCCAGAUUUUUCCUAGAUUGUGAAGAGCACCUGCAGCUGACAGUGGUACAUAGCCACUCACAUAACCAAAACAACAAGACCGAACUGUCUUCUUUCCACUGACUUGCCAAAAUCAAUUUACCUCAGCAUUAUGUGUCUUUGAAAAUAAAGACAAACAAGGAAUGAUGAAAAGCACAUCAGAAGAUAUGGACACUGUCCCUUCUGAGUAAUGAAGGACACCAUACUGACAUUUAAGGGUGAGCACGGUAAUGACUAUGUGAUUCUUUUUACUCAAAUUCAUGGGAAUGCCUGUUUCAGGUUAUUUUAAAUGAGUGCUGAAAUUAAAAGGAAUACUUUUGGAGAAAUUCACAUAAUUCACAUAAGUGUGAAGGUUAAGUAAAGAUGAAAAUGUACAAAAAUCUCAAAUGCAACAGUAUGAUUAAAAUGUUUGGUAUUCAUAUUCUACUUCAGGAACUACAUGGACAAAAAGAAACACAUAAUGGAAGCUUAUGACCACUAAUUUAUGAAGGUCCAAAUUUGUCCAUAUUGUACUAAUACUUGAAAUAAUUUCCUACAUAAAUAAGAAUGUAUGUAAGAAAUUAUUUCAAGUAUCAAUACAAUAAUCAUUAUUGUGUGAUUACUGUGUAUCAAGACAAUAAUCUGCUCAGUUAGACAGAGAGAUACACUUUUAAGAAAUUUCUUGAAAAUUAUUAAGCUAAAUGGUAGCACAAUGGGUGGCACUGCUGUCUUUCAGCCCCAAGGUCCUGGGUUUUCUUCUGAGCCCGCGUCAUUGUCUAUAUGGAGUUUUGUUUAGGUAUAUCGUUUUCUUUCUAUCCCUUCAAAAAACGUGCAGGUAGGCAGAUUGGUGACACCAAAUUGCUACAGGGUGUGAAUGUGCAUGCAUGACACCCUCUGUCUUGUUAUUUUUUAAAAGUUUUGGGGAUUUACACAUUAUGA